UUGUGCCCAGUCUGGUUUGGAUAGAAGACGAAAAAAUUGUGGCGCGCCUACCCAACCCAGACAGCGGCCUGCCUGUCAGUGCCUGGGAUGAGCGAGAGUCAGUAACGUUAGUGCGAGCGAGACCUUGGCUGGGCCACGUAGCGAUGGAUCUACAGUAGCACCGAGUCUACUGCUAACAUAUCAGUGUCAUACAUUCUAAAAAUGCAUUAGUAAACACAUUUGCAAUCGAGCAUGCAAUAGGAUUAUCAAACAGUGGUGAACUGCAACAGUAGCUGGCUCUUUUUGUGCGUCUGCAGCACUCCAGAAUCCCUGCAACUCUGAUUGCACGAAAUGAGAAAGAGGGCGCUCUCACCGAAGGCGGCAGAUUGCAGAUGGCUCCUGAAACGAGGCACAGAAGUUCUGGCUGCAGCUCAACGUCCGGCGUGAAGCUCACCCUCAAGACAGAAGCUUAAAGACUGAAGCCCUAACGGACAAUAUAACACUGACAGCCUCGAGUGAGAGACUAACCUGAGAGGCUUCAUCUGCGGAGAGACCAAAACCUCAUCGAGGUUGCAGAGCAGACACCCCAGAUUCCAGAGAAGCUUUGAGAUUCAAGCUCAACAGAAGCCUAAGCUUGUAGCAGAAUGCCACUCACGGUCUGUCCUCAGGCUUUGUCCUGUGGUGAGCAUGGAUCCCCUGUUUGAAUCUGGGUGACGCUUUCUUCCCUUCGCCCCUUCCUCCUUCCUGUCUCCUCAGUGGCGGGAGGGGUGGGGGAUUGCUUCCGUUCCCCCUGCCCCUCCUUACAACAUAGCGAGCUUACUCUCACAGUUUAAGAAUACCAACACUGCUAACAAGCCUCUGGCUGAGCUUCAACUAGCACUACUACAGUCUUCCCCUCCCACACACAUGAAAUCCUGCCAGAGCCUGAAGGGAGAGGUGUCCAGCCCAGGUGGGAUGUCACAGGAGGGGCGCAGAACGCAGCAGGUGGCCCAGUCCUACUACCACUCCCCCGCCCCAGACCUGGACCUAACGGGCAAGCUGUACAAGCGGGAGGGCGGGGGCAAGCCUUACUCUGUGCUAGUGGACAACAAGAUGGCAGCCAAGAACCCCAUGGGUGACCAGACUCCCAGUCAGCUGUCCCCGCAGCAUGUUACCUCCCCCCAGCAGCAGUACUACAGAGAGGGGAUAGUAGGGCAGGAGGGGGGCGCGCAGGGGGCCCAGGCAGGCAAUGGGGGCACCUCCGAGGACUCAGAGGAAGAGGAGGAGUCAUUCAAUCGGGAGCAGAUCAUCGUGGAGGUCAACCUGAACAAUCAGACACUUAAUGUAUCAAAGGGGGACAAGUCCGCCCCCCAAACCGAUGCCUCAGAGAGACACUGCAGCGAGGAGGAGGAGGAGGAAGAAGAUGAGGAAGAUGUGGAAGAAGAUGAAGUUGAAGAGGAGGAAGAAAUAGAGAGUCGUAGAACGAGAGCCAAGAGGGCUCGGCGUGGGGUGGUCCCCGCUACCAGCCAGUCCCGGAGUAAGACCCAGUGCACCGCUCUGAGCACCACCGGCAUGACCACCAGGGGCCGACGGAAGAAGACCACCCAGCCACCCAAGAGGACACGCCAGACUGCCAGGGAGGGCAAGGGGACCCCCUCAGCUGGCUCUGCCACAGGGGAUAAAGCGGAUGGGGAGGAGCGGGAGACGCUGGCGUGUGAGAAGUGCCCCCGUGUCUUCAACACUCGCUGGUACCUGGAGAAGCACAUGAAUGUCACACACAGACGCAUGCAAAUCUGUGACAAGUGUGGCAAGAAGUUUGUCCUGGAGAGUGAGCUGGCCUUACACCAGCAGACUGACUGUGAAAAGAACAUCCAGUGCGUCUCCUGCAACAAGUCUUUCAAGAAGCUGUGGUCGCUGCACGAGCACAUCAAGAUCGUGCACGGCUACGCAGAGAAGAAGUUUGCCUGUGAGAUCUGUGACAAGAAGUUCUACACAAUGGCUCAUGUCCGCAAGCACAUGGUUGCUCACACUAAAGACAUGCCGUUCACCUGUGAGACCUGUGGCAAGUCGUUCAAGCGCAGCAUGUCCCUGAAGGUUCACUCGCUGCAGCACUCUGGGGAGAAGCCCUUCCGCUGUGAGAACUGUGCUGAGAGGUUCCAGUAUAAGUACCAGCUUCGCUCCCACAUGUCCAUCCACAUCGGACACAAGCAGUUCAUGUGUCAGUGGUGUGGCAAGGACUUCAACAUGAAGCAGUACUUUGACGAGCACAUGAAAACACACACAGGAGAGAAGCCAUUCAUCUGUGAGAUCUGUGGGAAGAGCUUCACCAGCCGGCCCAACAUGAAGCGCCACCGCCGCACCCACACAGGAGAGAAGCCCUACCCCUGCGAGUUGUGCAGCCAGCGCUUCCGCUUCUCCAACAUGCUCAAGGCCCACAAGGAGAAGUGCUUCCGGGUCACCAGCCCUGUGACACUGCAGACCAGCAGCCUCCCCCUGCCUCUCCACCUCUCUGCCACCUCCUCCUCUGGCCCCGGCCCGGGCCUCGCCCCCUUAGCUGCCACCACCUCCGCCCCUCUGGGCCUCAGCCCGACAGGGGGGGCUCUUCCCCCACGUGCACCCGUGGGCCACCCCACCUUCUCCCAUCUGCACAUGACCCCCUCUCACCAUCUCCCUCACCACCAAACGUCGCAACAACAGCAGCACCACCCCGGCACGCCCCUGCAAGCACUCCCUCUGCCCCACCACCUCCUGCCUGUGCCCCCUGUCUCCCCUCCCCCCGCGCUCUUCAAGAGCGAGCCCCUCACCCACUGUGGGCAGGAGGACAGCAGCUACCUGCGUUACAUGGCACCGCCGGACAAGGGGCCAGGGGCCCCCCAGCAUCACUGAACCCUAUGUGGGCUCCAGGCCUGCCACACCUCGAUUACCCCCACCCCAACUCUCCCUGGCCCCUGGUGUAGAGCGGCCCCUCGAAGACUGAUAUGAACAAGACACUCAGAGCUCAGUACACACCAGUGUGUGAGGGAUACAGACAGGUACACUUUCAGUCUACACUUUAGAUAAGUGAGUGACCCACUUAGCUAGAGACCUAGGUCAACUGACACAGAUUUUACAACCUCUUGCUCAUAUCUUUUCUUGUGAAAAUAUUCUUAGAAAAUCCUGUAUUCUAAGACAACCUGCCUCCCAUGGUAGAAGGCUGUGUGUACCGGUAUGUGAGUUAUCUCUUGUUUGUGUCCAUUUUAUCCUCUCCACUGACGGUUGCUAAUGUCAUUAUUCUGCUAGUGGUUCCUUAUCCAGGUAGCGGAUCAGAACAGAUCCAUUUCAUCAACUUAGUCCUUCACGUCAACUGACUUAAACAACGGUUGCACAGUUCUGGGGGAGUUGUAAGUCCUAAGGCUGACCCAUAGGACCAUGGGGUCACCAAGUUCUCGUUGAAUGUUUACCAUCCUGGUGCCAACUGGGUCUCCCACUGUCUCCUGAGGCAUUCCACACUGGCUCUACCAGCAGUAGGCCAGGAAUCACUGCCACAGGUCACAGUGGGGAGGUUAUAAAAUGGCUGUUAGUGCUACUACUAGUCUGUUGCGACAGAGAUUCUGGUUAAUUGGUGCUUUCCAUUGCAGUACUACACACUUCUAUACACAGGCUAGAUCUCGUAACAUCUGGAGUGUACUGUAACAGAGUAGGAUGUGUUGUGAUGCAGUUCUGGGAUUUGUCUUCUUGACUGACAUACAGCCUUUGAGCUGACAUGGUCAAAUGUUCCCAACAGAACAAACCUGAUGAUCCUGAACGUGCCGCCAUGUACACACACACACACACACACUUCAAAAAGCUGUAUGACAUCACUGGUCUCACUUCACACAAAAUGCUUGUCAAGGGAUUCUGCUGUAUUUUCUUUUUUGUCUUCUGUCAUCAAAACAGUUAAAUACUGCCACUGUGACGGGUCCUCACAUACGACCCAACCUGGACCUCGCGUCUCUCUUCUGUCUCUCUCGCUUUCUUUCUCUAUCUCUUUCUUUCUCCGUCUCUCGCUCCUCUGUCUCUCUCCCGCUGCUGCUGCCGAGAUGAUGAUGAUGAUGAUGAUGAUACGGGUCACCCUGUAAAAGGCCAAUAGAACACAUUCAGAAGUUCUGACUUUUUCAGCACAACUCAUAACUGAAAAAUGUGUAUUUUUCCCCAACCAGCCUAUAUUCCACAGCUUGGUGUGGAGCAUGACACUUGUUUGUAAUGUAACAGUUUGUUCUCUUAGUUUUAGGUUACACAAACAUUGAGGCCCUAUUGCCCACGUUGGCAAAUAAUGAUGAAUCAAAACACGCUGAAUGUUGCCUAGAUGGAGGGAUAUUGGCUAACGGUUUAGCAAUCAAAUAUGUUAUUUUCGAGUAAUAAUUUCUUGAAAUAUGCUACAUUCGGUUUCAGACUGAAGAAUUGUUCUCACCUCGCUCUGAACAUACUGUUGAGUGAUAGUCAUAGGAAAGGUUGGAGGACUAUGUCUAACAUGCGUUUCAAUUUCUCGUGUAGAUACAUUUACUCAAGUUGUACAUUUACUCAAAGAAAUCACAUUGGUAUAUGUAACCUUUUUGUGUGUGUUGUGUGUGUGUGUGUGUGAAUGUUCCCGCUGUCCCAUUGUAUGAUGUUCUGACAGUCCGGUUGUUGUUAGUGUUGAUGGAUGACAGAGAUUCUGUCUUGUGGGAUUGUUGAUAGUGGGUUGCAGGAUGUUGUCCGCCGCCCCUUCACCCUGUCUGGGACUGUUAUCAGAAUGAGUGGUGAGGAGCAACAUGUCUCAGUAAUGGCAAAAUGGAACCCCUCUGGUGCUGUUGUACAAAAGCUGCUUUACAUAGUCUCUGGGUCUCUCCCUCUAUGCACCACACACUGCUGAAGCCAUGCCAUCUCUUGAAGGGGGUGCUGGGGGUGAUUUGUACACAAGAAUAUGUCUGAUAUAUGUUUCUGUGGAUUAACACAAUAGGUAUAGCGUAGUAGUGGAUCAGGUUACUGUGUUUGCAUAUCGGGAGAAACUGAAGAGGAACAAUAGCAGGCCAUGAGCAAGGCCCAUUGAAUUUGGUUUAACAGUGGACAGAGAUACCCACCCUCUAGAGAGCUAUACCAUUCUGCCGUUACUGUGGGUCUGUUAGUAGGGCCUCUGUAUCGGCGUAACCAUGAGUUACUUAGUGUUUUUCACAAUGUUUCACUAUGAGUUGUUUUUGUUUUUUUGUUACGUUAGUUUUGAAAAGCUUAUUCAUUUGUGUGUCCUCUGCACUUUACUGCUGCGUGAGUGAGGCACAGUGAAGGGAGGGACUGACAACGCAUUGUGGGAGUGAGUGAUGUGUCGGGUGCAUGGAGGGAGGUGAUUGGUUUGGUGAGUGGCUGUUUGGGCAAGGAAAAGGAAAAGGAGGAGAAUCAAUCUGGACAUGGAGAGUGUGGAAGGGACCAUGGCAUAAGGAAAUGUUUUGUUUAGUUCAUACAUUUGUUUAUUAUUUCCUGUAAGGAAAUAGACUGGCUCUAAUAUGGACUCCCAAAGAGUGAUCGAGUAGUGUUGUUCCUCCUGCUUUGGCGAUUCUUACACUAGCCCCUCCCUGCUUCAUCUGAUCUGAAAUACAUUUGAGGUGUUUGUCUGCCUCAUAUCUCGUUUCCUCUUUUGUUGUGUAACAUUUUCUCUUCCGAUUUACCGUAUGAUUCUCCUCCUUUCGUAUUUGUAAUAUAGAAUGCACUUUUGACUAAAAUCCUGGCUAGUUACGAAAAAUAGCAAUGUAUAUUCUUUAAAGAUGUUUAAAAAAAAAAAUCUAUAUACUUUUUCCCGUCAUGUAUUUUUAACCACUUAAUGUAGCAUUGCAUAUUUUAUUAUUGUCAGUAUCUGGUACAAAAUUGUGCGGCUUUAUACUGUCUUGGGUUGUUUGUUUUUUUGUGGGGGGGGGGGUUUGUAUGUUUGUUUUUUGGAGAUUGAGAAGUUGAAAUGUUGGGCCUUUUUUUAAUAAUGUACAUUUAACAGACUAUCUGCUAACUUUCAGAAGUAAAAAAACGAGUAGCCAUAAUUAUCACA